CUCAAUUUUUCUUGCAAAAAAUAAAUUUAUCCUUUUUUGUCUGUCAGGAUUUAUUUUAUCUGAUUCGACAAAAAGUGGGAGUGAUUUGAAAAAUAUUGUCAUAAAAAAUUUUAAUAUAAGAUAAAGUGUCAUAAAAUCAGCUAAAAUAGAAAUCACAAACAAAACUCGGCAACAAUGCCUUCUCCAACGACUUCCAGCGGAAUAUUCGUUAUUUCAGUAAUUCUCUUGUGCACAACACUUUCCAACGUGAAAUCUUCAGCAAAUGCUCUUGCACAACCCGCAAUGUUCCCCUUUGCCCGACAUCUUCGAGCUCCGUUCUCACACAAAGGAAGUCAAAUGAUGACAGCACGCGGUUUCGGUAAACGUAACUUCUUGGAUUACAACGACGAUGGAUGGGAAGUCAGUUUAUUGGAUCGCUUAAUGGGACAAGAACAGAUGCAUUUGUCUGAAGUCGAUGCAAAAAGAUCUCCGGGAGAACCAAGAUUGAGAUUUCGCUUGGUUGACGAUGGUAAUUUGCGAAUUGGAAGAGGAUUUGGAAAGAGAUCUGUUCCCAUGGAUGAUGGACAAAAAGAGGAAUACAAAAAUCCAUGGAGUUCCCCGAGCAUUCGUGAAUGGAAUGAAGCAGAAAAUAUUUUAAGAGCGGUUUUGAAGCAAGUUCAAGAGAAUCACGGAACGAAUCAAAAGUAAAGAAGAUGAAGACUGCUUUUGGCCUUUUACUUGUAAAUAUGAAAGAAACAACAAAAAUGUAUUCUGAGCAAAAAUAACAACAACAAAGGAAUUCGCUGACGACGCGACGUGUAUUGUGUAUAUUUGUGUCUUCAACAUUGAAAUUCAUCAAAAAUGUACU